AACUUUAACUUGUGUUGUUUUGUGUGUGGAGUGGAAAAACCAGACUUCUCUAACUUACGGCGAUAUGAAAUGUUAGCUUAGUAAUAGUUUUUAUUUAUACUGUAAAAUGUGACGUCAUUAUUUAAAACAACUUUUGUUCUUUAAUAGACUUGCGUUUUUUAGUAGUACGACUUGUUUGUUAGUGCUAUUCGAGUGAACGUGAACACCUACCUAACCUAAGCCCGUGACAUUUAUUGGUGUUGAAAGCAAAUUAAUUCAUGAACAAGAAAGAUCCUUGUAAAAUUCAUGCGUGUGCGAUUCAGAAGUGUUUAAAAGAAAACAUUAUUGACUACAGAAUCACUUGAAAUGUUUCUACAACGAUGUUAUCAUGUUUAAUCAACGAUGUUCUUCUUCUCAUCAACCAUGUUACUCUCUUCACUUAACCUGGACUUGUAACGGCGUAGCAGACUAGCACUACACAGCACGUAUGAAGAACAAUUUUCAAGAAGAGAAAUGUACACAGUUCAUAGAAUAUCUGAGGAAUUGCUGUGUUAAGUGGGGAUCAGCUUCAACAUCCUGCUCAGGAAUUAAGACAGAUUUGCACCAAGCAAAGGAUGAACAAAAAUCCUAGUAGUCCCUGGAAAGAGAAAAAGUCGUUUUUUGGGAGAGUUGAUGAAAUUGAAUUUCAUAAGGAAGAGAAUCCUAACUUACCGGGGAAGAAGAUAGAUGUGAGACGUGCUCGAGUGAAAGAUUUGCCGUUUAUAUACAGAUAUACGAGACACCUCCAGUUUGUAGCAGCAGGGCUCGGUCUGCUCACAGUCCUCAGCAAACCAUUAUACGACACAUAUCUCUACUAUACAGACCAAAAACCAUUGAAACGUGCUGAUGUUCAAUUGCACCCUCGUCCUGUAAAAUAGAAUGGAGUCUGUUACGAAGGCUCGUGCUCGAAUGCUCAAGUUUCCCAAGUUGAUUGCCGAGUGUAAGACUGAAGGAGCUACUUACGCUGCAUGCAUCUCUGCAAAACAAGACAAUCUGAAGAAGGACUGCUGCCAACAAGAAUUUGAGCAACUCAAGCGAUGCGUCAUGAAAGCUGCUGCUAAGAUGGGAACUAGGGUGUGAACCUCUUAGUGAAACUGUAGUUUAAAAUAAAACUGUAGUGCUAUAUUGAGUGGUGUGAAGAACAUUAGUGUUGAAAACGUAAAUUCUAGUCUAAACCAAAAAUGUUAGCCCACUUAGGAAUUGGUCUAACAGCUCGUUUGCUGCUGAUCUGCUACGCUGAAAUUCAAGACAAAGUGUCUGAAGUUCAGUACACAGACAUUGACUACAAAGUUUUUACCGACGCAGCUAGGCAUGUGUUCAAAAGUGAGUCGCCAUACGAAAGGUACACAUACAGAUAUACUCCACUGAUAGCGUACAUGUUGACUCCCAAUGUGUUUUUUCACCCUGCCUGGGGAAAAUUCCUUUUUUCAAUACUGGAUGUAGUUGUUGCGAUUCUAAUAAAGAAAAUAGUUUCCUUACAGUAUCCAAACGUGAGUGAGAGUAUGUGUGAAAAGUGUGCUUUGGCUUGGCUUUACAAUCCUCUAGCAAUCGUCAUCUCCACUAGAGGCAAUGGGGACUCUUUAGCAGCUGUCUUAGUGAUUUUAACGAUUCUGUUUCUUAAGAAAGAAAACUACUUUUUAGCAGGAGUUAUUCACGGGGUUGCUAUACACACUCGCCUGUAUCCUAUUGCGUUCAGUUUGGCGAUGUAUUCUUCCAUCCCGUCGGAUUACAAAUGCUCAAAAACAUCUUUUUCCAAAAUAAUAAAGCUUUUUAUUCCCAACUCAAGAAGACUAAAACUAGUUUUUGGUUGUGUCCUGGCGUUGAGCUGGCUUACCUUCAUGUUUUAUAAGCUCUAUGGUUACACUUACUUGGACGAAAGUCUUCUGUUUCAUUUAAGAAGACGCGACAUCAGGCACAACUUCUCUGUUUAUUUUUACCAACAGUACUUGUCCUACUUCAUUUCCACGAAUAUUUAUCAACGGGUGUUGACUUUAGCACCACAACUGAUUUUGCUGUUCAACUUUUCUCUGUUGUACGGCUCCUCGCGUGACCUACUGUUCUGCUUGUUGUGUCAAGCAGUUGUCAUGGUCGCAUACAACUCUGUACUCACAUGUCAGUACUUCAUCUGGUUCCUGUCUCUCUUGCCGCUGUGUUUGCCGGACUUGAAGAUCGGGAAGACACAAUGUGCGACUCUCGCCUUCCUGUGGCUCGCAGCUCAACUCGCCUGGUUGUUGCCUGCAUACUGGCUCGAGUUUAAAGGAAGGAACACAUUUAUGUACAUAUGGCUGCAAGGAAUAGCGUUCUUCUGUGCCAACAUGGCGGUUUUGGCUCGACUGAUUACGUCUUACCAACCAAGGAAAAAACAGGAAUGAAGGAAACAGUGUGAGGUCUUUUAUACUAUCCCGUUUGGUAGUACGGUAAGUUAGACUGAUGAAAUGUGCUGUAUACAUUUUGUUUGUUAAUUAAAAGAUUACAUUUGA